AGAGAGAGAGAGAGAGAGAGAGAGAGAGAGAGAUAGCGAAAAACUAGAGAGAUUGUGAGCAUGGAGAUUUUCAGGAAGCGAAGACGACAGAUCGACGAAGAAGAACAACUUGUUUCCCCUGGGUGCUGCCAUAAUCCCAAAAGGGUGAGGCACCAGGGUGAUCAACGUGGGACAUACCACCCUUCAGCUGGGGACCCAGCACUUCAAAAUGAGCCUUGGAACACCUUAGCUCACAUAGGCAUUGGCCUAGAGACCUUCAAGGAGUAUGGGGAAGACGCCUACAUGUACAACAAGAGCCUUGAAGAGAGAUUUAUGGCUUUGAACUUUCUACAAAGUCAGCCAGAAAUCACCUUGGCGUCAUGGUAUGAGUUCACCAGCCUGCUUGUCUUCAUGCACAGACGCCUGAAGUUGGACUUUAGGUCUCUGUGCUUGACUGUCAACCUUCUGGAGCGGUUUCUUGCCUGCACUGCUCCCAUCAAGACCACCGACCUGAACAGAGUAGGAGCCACUUGCUUCAAUAUAGCCUACAAGUUAGUGGAGAAACAGCAAUUCAGCCUAUGGAAUUGCCUAAUACUCUUUGAUGACACCUUUACAAAGAAGGAAAUUAACCAACUGGAGCGAGUCAUCAUUUGCAGAUUGCUUUUUGAACUGGCGGCACCGACCAUCGAUGACUUCUUGGAGCAUUUCACCCUCCAGAGAGUAGCCAGCCAGAAGAAGCCUGUAGCUGUCAAGCAGACAAAAGAAGCCAUUGCCCUGACGGCUGCUAGAGGCAUCGCAGCACUGAGCCUGACCCACCAUCAUGAGUUUUAUACUUAUGCACCCUCCAUGAUGGCUCUGUGCUGCCUGAAAGUAGCCACAAAAUUCUACCCUUCAGGCAAACCAAUAAACGUGGAUCCUGCUGAAUACCCAGACCACAUAAUGGAAGAGUGUGUCGGGAAGAUCAUCGCUCUGAUAUCAUCCAGGCAGAGCUUUUUACACAUGCUGCUUCCAGCAGUGUUUCCAAGAAGAACAGCAGAGGAGACAGAGACAAGCGCCUCCCAGAAAGAACCCGAAGGUGGUGAGGCAAAAACAUCCAGGCAGGAACAGGGUUCUGACCCCUUGGAAAUGGCCCAGGGAUCUGGCCUUUCCAUCUAUCAUCAAGGGGUACGUUUGCAAUACAGGCACCCAUACAUUCCCACAUAUCCAUACUACCACCCUCACAUGCACCCAUACAUUCCUACAUAUCCAUACAACCACCCUCACAUGCACCCAUACAUCCAUCUUAUUCUGCUUCUUUCAAGCCUGCAACUAAAAUACUACCUGAUUGCCAGGGGUCACUAA